GGGAGGGACGCUGCUCAGCUGCUGCUCUGCUCCUGUCUCCUGUCCCCUCCCCCGGCCAUGACGGAGACCCGUGAGCCAGCUGAGACUGGGGGCUACGCCAGCUUGGAAGAAGACGAUGAAGACCUUUCCCCAGGCCCCGAGCAUUCCUCUGAUUCAGAAUACACUCUCUCAGAGCCGGACUCCGAAGAGGAAGAAGAUGAGGAGGAGGAGGAAGAGGAGACCACUGACGAUCCCGAAUAUGAUCCUGGCUACAAGGUGAAGCAGCGCCUUGGCGGGGGCCGUGGUGGCCCAUCCCGCCGGGCCCCCCGUGCAGCCCAGCCCCCGGGCCCCCCGGCCCAGCCUUGCCAGCUCUGUGGCCGCUCACCCCUUGGGGAGGCCCCACCGGGAACCCCACCCUGCCGGCUCUGCUGCCCUGCUACAGCCCCCCAGGAAGCACCAGCCCCUGAAGGCAGGGCCCUCGGGGAGGAAGAGGAGGAACCACCUCGGGCUGGGGAGGGCCGACCAGCUGGGCGGGAGGAGGAGGAGGAAGAGGAGGAGGAGGGAACCUACCACUGUACGGAAUGUGAGGAUUCCUUCGAUAACCUGGGGGAGCUGCACGGGCACUUCAUGCUGCAUGCCCGGGGUGAGGUGUAGGCAGAGCCCCCACAUGGGGAGCUUGGCAGAAGGGGUGGGGUGGGAGGAGGGGGCUGAGGAAAUUGGGGUUGUGACAGUGGUCAUGGGGGAUGGGGUACUGCCGGUCUGUGUUGUCUUAGAAGUAGAUGUGUGAUGGCCAGAAUAAAAGCCAAAAUCUGUA